GCACGAACUCAUGUCAGACACCUGACACCCACCGCCGAUCACACAGCAGCGGCGGCGGCGGCGACUGCGGCGCGGCAAGAUGCUAUACCGCGCCCGGCGCCUCCACCCCGCGCUCCGGGGCCUCCUCCCAACCACCCCUGCACCCUCCCCUCCUCCGCUCCCACCUCACCACCCCGCCUCCGCCCAAACCCCUAAACCCUUCCCGAUCCUCUUCCGCCGCCACCUCUGCUCCCCACCACCCCCAACGCCACCGCCAUCGCCACCUCCGGCGGUUGUCUCCUCUGACCUCCCAGCCAUCAACGCCAAUGGCGUCUGCCCGGGCUGCGGCAUCGCCAUGCAGUCCUUCGACCCCGCCCUCCCGGGGUUCUUCACGCUUCCCUCCCCGAAACCCCCAGACUACCGUGCGCGCCUCGCGCCCGUCACCGCCGAUGACACCCGCAUCUCGGCCUCCCUAAAGUCCGGCCACCUUCGGGAGGGCCUAGAGGCCUCUCGGGGGGACGAGCUGAGCGCGGCGGCUGCUGAGGCGGCGGAGGCCAAUGGAGAAAGCAAGGUGGUGGUGUGCGCUAGGUGCCACUCGCUGCGGCACUAUGGCCGCGUCAAGCACCCUGACGCCGAGCGCCUCCUCCCGGACUUCGACUUCGUCGCCGCCGUCGGCCCGCGCCUCGCGUCGCCGUCGGGGGCCAGGUCGCUCGUGCUGCUCCUCGCGGACGCCUCAGAUUUCGACGGCUCCUUCCCGCGCGCCGUGGCGCGCCUGGUCGCUGCCGCCGACGAGGCCCACCACGCGGACUGGAAGCGCGGGGCGCCGGCCAACCUCCCGCGGUCUCUGCUCGUUGUCACCAAGCUCGACCUGCUCCCCACGCCGUCGCUGUCCCCAGACGACGUGCAUGCGUGGGCGCACACCCGUGCGCGCGCCGGUGCUGGCGCCGACCUGCGGCUCGCCGGGGUGCACCUCGUGAGCGCUGCGCGCGGGUGGGGCGUCCGCGACCUGCUCGACCACGUGCGCGAACUCGCUGGGGCGCGCGGCAAUGUCUGGGCUGUUGGUGCGCGGAACGUCGGCAAGUCGACGUUGCUCAAUGCCAUUGCUCGGUGCUCUGGCAUAGCCGGCAGACCUACCUUGACGGAGGCACCAGUUCCGGGAACAACCCUUGGGGUAAUCAAAGUGGACGGCGUUCUUGGAGCUCAAGCGAAGCUGUUCGACACUCCAGGCCUACUCCAUGGGCAUCGGCUCACGUCCAGACUGACGCGCGAGGAGCUGAAGCUGGUUCAAGUGAGCAAGGAGAUGCGGCCCAGGACCUACAGAAUAAAGACAGGGCAGUCUAUCCAUAUCGGAGGACUGGUGCGCUUGGACAUUCAAGAGUUGACUGUAGGAUCAAUCUAUGUUACAGUAUGGGCCUCAGCACUAGUCCCACUUCACAUGGGGAAGGCGGAAAAUGCAGCCACAAUGAUAAAAGAACACUUUGGCUUACAACUACAGCCUCCCAUAGGCCAGGAGCGGGUAAAUGAGCUUGGUAAAUGGGUGAGGAAACAGUUCAAAGUUUCUGGAAAUAGUUGGGAGGCAAACUCUAUGGAUAUAGCCAUUGCCGGUCUUGGCUGGUUUGGAGUUGGGCUGAAAGGAGAAGCGGUGUUAGGACUAUGGACAUAUGAUGGUGUUGAUGUCGUCUCCAGGAGCUCCCUCAUUCAUGAGAGGGCAACAAUUUUUGAGGAAGCCGGUUUCAUAGUUUCAAAGAUUGUCUCUCAGGCAGAUAGCAUGACCAAUAAGCUGAAGAGCACCAAGAGGACAAACAAGAAGAAGGAGAGCAGAGCAAAUUCUUCUCCCUCCACAUCGCCAGAACCGCCAGAACCUGCUGCAGCUACAGAUGCUUGAGUUUUUUCAUAUUAUCAAUCACAGCAGUUUUGCUUUUGUGAUCAUGCGCUAGGCUAACAUGUUGGCAUUUUGCUCUUUAAGCUGUUAUCUGAAAUCAGAAACAUACAAAAGCAGAGGAUGAAAUGUACUUCUUUAUUAAGGCCUGCUGUUUGCAGAAAUAUUUUCAGGGGGGAGGAUGGUGUUGUAUAGUCUUGUUCUGGACUAUAAGCAACUGCCUGAAUAUUGAACCUUUCCUAGUUUCCUCUGCUGGUAAGAGCAAUUUGGAGAGCCAAUCAGUCAGUCAGCAAUCCACAUCUGAAAACUUGUAGCAUUACAACAUGAUAGGGCAGGUCUUGUCAUAGUCAGGUUUGCAUUUGAAUCUUUCCAUAAAGUUUUAGGCGUCAUAGUUUAUAACUUGCUUGUAAUAAAGUUGAAGCUGAACUUCGAGAUA